CCUGCUGCCUGGCUGCCUUUGCAGCACUGAGACUUGGACAGGACCGCGGCGAGAUGCAGGCCCCGGGGGGCCCCAGUCCCGGGCAGACGUGCGUGUUGAUCCUGAUCUUCACAGUGCUCCUGCAGUCCCUCUGCGUGGCCGUAACUUACAUGUACUUCACCAGGGAGCUGAAGCAGAUGCAGGACAAGUACUCCCAAAGUGGCAUCGCUUGUUUCUUAAAGGAAGAUGAUAUCCCUUGGGACCCUGAUGAUGAGGAGAGUAUGAACAACCCUUGCUGGCAAGUGAAGUGGCAACUCCGUCAGGUUGUUAGAAAGAUGAUUUUGAAAACCUAUGAGGAAACCAUUCCUACAGUUCCAGAAAAGCAGCUAAAUAUUCCUUACGUAGUAAGUGAAAGAGGUCUUCAAAGAGUAGCAGCUCACAUAACUGGAAGCAGUCGGAGAAGAAGCAUGUCUCCAGUUCCAAGCUCCAAGAAUGAAAAAGCUUUGGGCCAGAAAAUAAACUCCUGGGAGUCAUCAAGAAAAGGACAUUCAUUCUUGAAUAAUUUGCACUUGAGGAAUGGAGAGCUUAUUAUCCAUCAAAAGGGGUUUUAUUACAUCUAUUCCCAAACAUACUUUCGAUUUCAGGAACUUGAGGAAACUUCGGGAACAAUUUCAACAGAACAGAACAGAAAGAGAAACAAACAAAUGGUACAAUAUAUUUACAAAUACACAAGUUAUCCUGACCCUAUACUACUGAUGAAAAGUGCUAGAAAUAGUUGUUGGUCUAAAGAUUCUGAAUAUGGACUCUAUUCCAUCUAUCAAGGUGGGAUAUUUGAACUUAAGGAAAAUGAUAGAAUUUUUGUCUCUGUAAAUAAUGAGCAAUUGAUUGACAUGGACCAAGAAGCCAGUUUUUUUGGAGCCUUUUUAAUUGGCUAAAUAAUCUGCAAAGAAAAACAUUAUUCUCAAAGUGACCAUUCACAGCAAAGCAAGGAAGUCUGAGCAAAGCCACUUCAACCGAAAGACCAAAAAGGCAACAUACGCUCCUCUAAUAUCUCUGAAUAUGACCAAGUCAUUCUAAGAAAGUGAAAUUGCCGAAAGAACUUUCAGGGCUCUAGCAGGUAUCAGUUUGCUAGCAGAAAUCUAGAGGAUUCUGUUUCCAAACACUUGUGUAGCAAUAAACAGCUGUCUUUAUUAUCUACUCUUGUGAAGAUUCCAGAAGAAAGAUUAAUGAUCCAUCUAUUUUUUAUGUAGGCUCCACAUGGAACCCAACACCGGGCUUGAACUCACAACCCUGAGA